UUGAAGGGCAGGCUUGUCAUAGGAUAACCCGUUUCUGUUUGCACGAAGAGGAAGAGCGGCCUAGGUUUCUCUCUCGGUAAUUGGGAACAUAUUCACCACUCCCUCGGCACCAAUUUAUCUUAUGCGGCAGUGAUUUCUACUCAGCUUCUUCAUCACCAAACUUGGAAGUACCAUGGCAAAAGCUGAAGGUGAUGGUAAGGAACCAAUGAAUGAGCAAGCAGUCGCCAACAUCUAUGGUGCCAUGAGGGCUGAGAUCAACCAAAUUUACUCCAAAAUUACUGAACUCGAGAUGGAGGUUAGUGAGCAUUCACUCGUGAUCAAUGCCAUUAAACCUCUAGAUUCAUCAAGGCGGUGCUACCGGAUGAUUGGAGGUGUCCUGGUGGAGAGAACCAUUAAAGAAGUCUUGCCGGCUGUCCAGCGCAACAACGAGGGUAUUGAAGAGGUAAUAACUCGACUUAAUGAGGCUUUGGAGAAAAAGAAAAAGGAAGUCACUGAAUUUGAGUCCAAAUACAAAAUUAGAAUUAAAAAAACUGAUGGUGAAAUGAAAGAUGAGAGUGGUAAGAAGGAAGGGAACGCACAGGGAGUGCUUGUUGGUCCUGCGAGUGGUAGUGAGUAGAUAUUUUUCCUAUUAAGCCCUUUUUUAUUCAUAAUGUUAACAUUUAUGAAUGCUUUGUUGUUUAUCUCUUGAUAUGAUCACGUUGGUUGGAUGUUAAAACUGAUCAGUUUUGUGUCUUAAGAGUGACUUGGUUUUUAAUGAA